GGUAGUUCCAUAUAAUAUAGUAUAGUUAGUAUAGUAUUAUAGUAAAAUUUCUCCAUGGCUCAAGCCAAUAAGUUUGAUCCAGAAAAUAUCACUACAUGAAAUUCGGUAUAAUAACCCGGGAUUAUUGGAAGGAUAUCAUCCCCUCUUUUUUACGUAAUAAAAUUACAAAUAUAAUUAUUUAUAAUAUUUUAUAUAUUAUAUUUUAUUAGUAUUAGUAUUAGUAGUUAUUUAAUUAUCUCUAUCAAGACUCGAUCACUCUAUGAGUAUGACAUGACCUUUGCCUAAAAAUAAGCCUAUGACUAUGAUAUGUCAAUUAUAAUUCAGUAGUCUAGUAUAAGUAUUUAAUACUAAUUUAAUAUUUAUUUGUAAGAAGUAUUGUAUGGUCUGUGAGCAGAGGUAUUAUUAUUAUUAUUAUAGUAUAAUAUAAUUUAUAUUAUGUGAAUGUGGGAUGAUUGCCGCUGGUCAGGUAUAUAGGCCUAAUUAAUAAACUAAAUGAACUAAAUCUAAAUUAAAAAUAAAAGGAAGUGAAAUGAUGAUACCAUUGAAUUAUGGUCCAACAAAGCCCAUGUGGACAUCACACUCAUGAUGCUUGGAAAUGACUGUGGGAAAACACUGAAAAAAAAUUUCAAUUUAUGUCAUAAAUUUAAAUAAGUCCCAAGUUAACAUUCUAAUAAUCUAUCUAAAGUUAAAAGAAUCACUCGCACUUAUAACGUUGUGGAUUAUGAAUUGAUACCCCUAGAAUUAGAAGUACAAGUAAUGUUAAAUUUGUUAAAUAUGAAAGGCACAAAAAUCAAAAAGGUGAGCUGAUAAAAAGUCACUGGAAAAUAAGUAAUAAGAAGAAAAGUAAUAGAAGAAAAAAUAAUUAAAAAAGAAAAUAUUAUAUGCAUUUACACUUCAAGUUCAUGCAUAGAUUUAGAUGCAUUUACUCAGAUAAAAAGUCACAGAUGAGCUGAUAAAAAGUCACUGGAAAAAAGUAAUAAGAAGAAAAGUGAUGAGGAAAAAAUAAUUUAAACAUGCAAAUAAUAUGCAUUUACACUUCACACACACAUUUAGAUGCAUUUACACUGUUUGGAGUAUCACAUAAAAAUAAUUGGCCUGAUAGAUAAGUCUAUAGGUAUAAAUUAAGUUGUAAAAAAUAACUUAGCUUUCAUUUUAUAUCUUAAAAAUAAAAACAACCAGGGAGCACACUGGUAAAUUCUGUCAAGAUUGGAAAGCAAAUUAAUUUUUAUAUCUUUCAUCCCUAAUGCUGCUUUUACCACUUGCUUUAUCUGAAUUUUUUUAACUAAACUAGUACUACAAUGCAACAUACUUUUCUUUCCUUUGAUUCCUUUAACUUGUAAUACGCUAUACCUGUUUAAGGUCUUCAUGGAUAACAAAAUAACUAUGUAUGAAUAAAUCAUAUAAUUAAGUGUUGGAAUUAUAAUUUGUAUAGGUCCUGGAAUAGGUUAUACAAAUAACACACAUACACAUAUUUAGCCCCAAGUGAGAAUCGAACCAUAUUCCUAAUCAGAGUUGCUUACUUCUAUUCACUGUUAUUUAGUCUAUAAUAAACGCUCAUAUGAGAAUUACCAAUGAAAUUAUAGUUGAUAAAUAAUACAACACAUACACACUGACAUGUAAGACUUUAUUCUAAAAAUAUAUUUUGACAGUUUUGCCUGUGAUUCUUUUCCUAAAAUCACAGUAUACAUUCUUGGUCGGUAGGCAUUUAGUAUAAAUAUGAAACCCCAUCCCAUGGCUUGUAGGCUUUUAGUAUAAUUUACUCCAUCUCGUGGCUUGUCUUAUUUAAUAUAAUUUACUCCAUCUCGUGGCUUGUCUCAUUUAAUAUAAUUUACUCCAUCUCGUGGCUUGUCUCAUUUAAUAUGAUUUACUCCAUCUCGUGGCUUGUUACAUUAAAUAUAAUUUACUCCACCCCACGGCCUGCUAUCCAUCAUGUUUGGGGCUAGUGUGACAAUGCAUUUUUGUUUAUUCAAACACACUACACAAGACAGACUAGUUCUCCAUACCAUAUAAUCCAAAUAUCCAAAGUUAACUAGGGGUAGACCUACUCAAUAGAAAGUAAGCUGUCGUAGUAUUAUGGUACUGGUAAUCUCAUAUUUUAAGGUCAUGGCCUCAAUUCUUUUGAAACGGGCUGAGCUUGUCUUAAUGUGUAGCAAUAGUGACAAGGUUACAAGGGAUGGCCAACAGUCCAUAAGGAAUUGGCCAAAAAUGACUUGUCCCUAAAAGUAAAAGAGUAAAAGGAUGUAGGUAAACAAAAAAUUUGUUUUAAAAAAUCCUUUGAAGUUAAACAAAAGGGAUAUCUCAGCCUUUGGAAUUUUGUUUUUGCUUGUUUUACACCUGUAUAAUAGGUUAUAAAACAUUCUCAAGCCUCAUGGUCCUAUGAUAUAAAAUUAUAGAGAGAUAUUCCAAGAAAGGUAGUCAUACAGAUAUCUCAUUUAUUUAGCAUCAUAGUUUCAAAAAGUUUUUUUUAAAAUUUGUCCAUAAAUAAUUUGGGUUGUCCGUAUAAUUAUGGAGGUUUUUAAUAUUUGUCCAUAAAUUUUAUUUGAUUGAGGUAGCAACCUUGCAUUUGAAGUGCAUUAAAAAAAAUAUAUUUAAAAUUUUUAUAAUAAAAAUUAAAAUAAUAAUAGUAUGAGUAGGCCUAACUAAUGAGUUAUUUAAUUAUAUUUAUUUAAAUGAAGAGCCUAUUUAGAUAAUAAAAAUGAUGAUGUCUUGCUGUUACAAAGAAAGAUUUAAUAAAAUUGUACUAGAACAAAAAAAAAUGAGGUUAAAGACAUCAUUUCAUUUUUUCUAAGUUACAGCUUUUCUGGUAAAGAAGGUGGAUAACUUAAUGACUGUGAAAAAUUAAUAACAUAUUGUUUUUCUUCAAAUUCUAUAUUGAAAUUGGCUUUAAAAACAUCUUUUUGAAAUAAGAUAACAAUAAUUUAAAAAUAACUUAAUCUGCUAGUAAAUGACAGGGUUCAUAACCAUUUUAAACCAUGCCUAAAUUUACAUAGAAAUAACGAGAUUUAGAUAUUUUCAUACUGAUAUGUGACCCCCCUUUUUUUUUUGCUUCAUAAUUUUAAAAUUUGUAUGCAAAAUUAGGUCUUUAAUAAUAACUUUAAUAUGUUAAUAUUGAAAUAUUGUGAAGAUAUUCCCUAUUUGUAUCUACACUUCAUUUUAUUUGAGUUGGCAACUGUGGCUAACAGCAAUGAUCUUGAAUUUAAGAUGCUAGAACUAGAAUAUAUUAAUUAGCGAUUCCAAACAAGCAACUUUCUUGAUGUCCACUGUAAAUUCAAAGUUACUCUUGGGGUAUAUGGUUUUGAUAAAUGAAGAUUUGGGAGAUAUGAUUUUUUCAUGGCUAUAUAAUUCUAAUGAUGUCAAUAAUCCACUGCUAUUUACAUCAGCUAAUCUAGCUCUACCUCACUUCAUCACUAUAAAUAUUGGGCAGAACUACCACCACUAAGCAUUAUUUCAGGUCCCUAAAGAAACUUAUCAAAUAUUUUAUUACCAGCAUUAGUAUAGUUUAGUAAUUAUUUAUUUAUUUUCAACAAAUCAAAAUCAAACGGAUAAACAUUGACCACUAAAUUAUUGCAAACAAAGUGGACAAGAUAGACAUGAAAGUAAGAUAGACAUGAAAGUUAGAUAGACAGGAAAGUUAGAUAAUUAGAAACAUCAAAUAAAUUAAAACAUAAUUCUACUCAUACUUUCUAUGAAUAAAUAGUUAAAAUUUUCUUUAACAAAAAUGUAAAAAUACUUAAUUAAUAAUGCCUGCUAUUGUUGGUGCAAUUUCAGGAUACUGAUACUAUGUGUAUUAAUACAUUCUUAACAAUGAUUGCAAACUUAUAUUGUAAUAUUUUAUUUCAUUGAAGCAAAAUGAUUCUUUCAUUUUUUAAAUUAUUUCAUAAUUCUACCUUUCAGAUCUGUGAUCUCUCAUCUUUAUUGCAAAAUGGUAUCUGAUGGGUUGUGCCUCAAAUCUUCUCAAGAUCAGUCUAAAGAAACCAGGAGCCCGAUGCUUCUUCCUUUACAGUAAUAUUUGCUGUUCUGUUCUGAUUUCAAGCUGCAUUAAAUGAAGUUUGAAGGAUCAAAUAAAACAAACUGGAAAAUAAAAUAUAUCGACUUCCAGUGAAAAAUUCUGAGCUAUUGACAAUGGGUGAAAUUCAUUUGACCCCGCAAAGCAAUAUUCUUCUCAUUGCAAUCGUCAUUGUUGCCCACUGGACGACUGCUAUGUCAAUGGUCUUCAUAAAUAAAGCCUUAGUAAGCGGGCGCGCUCCGCACGCCGACAUAUCAGUGUUCAUCGUUUGGGUGCAGAAUCUUAUAGGAGUCAUCAUUUUGCUUUCUAUGAACCUAAUUGCCGGACUCUUUGGUGUAACCUGGGAACAGCCCGGAAUACAUCUGUCCACCCUGCUGCAUCCCGAUAUGAUUAUGGCAUCCGUGACUUUCACCGGUACUUUAGUCUUCAACAAUCUAAUGCUCAAAUACAUUAGUGUCGCCUUUUAUCAAGUUGCUCGAUCACUCACAUUGAUAUUUGUUAUAACACUAAGUAUUUUACUACUUCAUGAAAAGAUGACUUCUAAAGUUGUUCUGUCGUGUCUCUUCAUCAUUAUGGGUUUUUAUAUUGGCGUUGAUGAAGAGAUCCUCUCCAACGGUGUGCAUCCAGUGGGUGUGGUUUACGCCAUAGUAGCCAGCCUGCUUGCAGCUUUCUGUGGAAUAUUUUUCAAGAGGAUACAAAAGAUAAAACUGCUGUCGUCCGUGCAGCUGACUUUCAAUAACUGUGUGAUCAGCAGUCUGGGUCUGACCCCUCUCGUCUUUUCCACUUCGCAGAUGGAUAAUUUUUUCACCUCGUCCAUGUACAGUGAUGUGACGGCGCGGGUGCUGCUGCUGUUGUCCGGGGUGAUGAGCCUUUCCAUGGGCUGGCUCAGCGCACUUCAGAUCUCCCUCACGUCCCCCCUGACGCAUAACAUCAGCAUCAAUGCCAAGUCCCUGUUUCAGACAGUCCUGGCCGUGCUGUGGGGCGGGGAGAGCAGGGCUUGGAUGUGGUGGAUGGGCAACGGCCUCGUCAUGGCAGGCAUCGCCACAUAUACGGCCAACAAGCUCAGCGCACAUAACAGCUCGGCAUAUAACAUUGACCUAGAGAUUCAAAAGCCCAUACAGCCUUUAUUGACUUCAGCAGCAGCUUCUGAUAGAUCCAAAUAGCACCAAAAAGUUUGUUUUUUUUUAAAAUAAAUUUCAAGUGCUGUGAUGUUUGAGUAAAUUGAAAAGAAAUUAUUGCGAU